UCCUUUUAUUUUGACUUUUCCAACAUUAUGGCAACCCUGGAAAGCGCACGAAAAACUCAAUGUGGCUUUGGUAUUUUGGCAAUUUCCUUUUCGACUACAUUUUGGAACAUUGUAAAGGGCGCGGGAAAAUACCUCAACAAGAUGAAAACCAGAAGCCAAGUCGUCCAUAAGCAGCUUCAAGCUCCCGAGGAUUUCAAUGAGCGUGUUCGCAACUAUCUGAUCAAUGGGCCCAAUCGGAGCGACAUCUGUGACAAGGUCGUGGUCGCCAUGGGGCAGGUUAACAUUGCGGCACUGCUGAUCGACAGCGGCAUUGAGGAUGAAAAACUCCGCAAUAUUCUCCACGUGUUGGCCCAGCGCCUGAAGUGCCUGCGGCUGCAACUGGCGGACAUUCCCAAGCUCCUAGACCUGUGCCGUCGUAUUGGGGCGUCUGAGCUGACCGCAGUCCGGGCUGUUAUGGUGCUGGCAGGCGAGAAUGGCAGUCAGCUGGAGCUGCUUGGGUCGCUGACGCCUGCCGUGGAGGUUUUGAAGGUGUUCUGCAGCAUCGAUGGGCACUUUCCGAAACUGAAGAAGGUGCGCCUCGUACACCUCAUUGGACAUGUGGCCCAGAAAACUCUGGAGGAACUCUUUCGCAACUGUCCGUCACUGCGCAACUUUGAGCUGAAGGAUGACAGCAGUCCGCCGCACAACCUGGACAUCCAGAGCAUCUUCCAGUGCUCGCACCUCGAGGUGGCAAGGCUGCCUCUUCUGCUGAAGAACCCGAUUGCCCUGUGCAAGCUCAGCAGCCUGAAGUACCUCUCGCUGCAUAGCGAGGUUCACUGGCAGCGCAACGACUGGCUGGUGACUGUCCAGCAGAUCAUCUAUGCCAAGCAGUACGAAUUGGAGGGCAUCUGCUUCGACGGCACCUACCUCCGCUUCCCGCUGAACCUCUCCGUGCUCAUGCUGGCCCGCUGCACGGCCCUUACCGAGGUUCGUUUGAGCCACUGCGAGCUCGUGGAGGACAGCAAUCAGCCGCUGCCGCUGCCCUUCGUCUGCCAGCGCCUGCGGCUCCGCCACUGCACACUCGGCACGUUCAACCUAUUCCUAGAGAGCUGUCCCGUGCUGCAACAGAUAGAUGUCUUCAACUGCAAAUUCUUGAAGAGGGCGAAAGCCCUCUCGCAGGCCCUCGCCAAGUGGAAGACGCAGCCCAUUUUUCGACCCGUGUUUAUUAAACUUUACGAGUCGCCGAAACUUGAGUUGGAGUACAAGAAGUGGAGUCCGGAAGAGCAGCUGGCAGCCAAGCCUUGGUUAGACAUAGAAGUGCUCAAGAAAGGUUAUGUUCCCUUCUCGGCUGAUAUGCCUCUGGGAACGAUAGCCUUUCGGUUUGGCCAAGCCAUAAACAGCCUGCCCGCCUUCAUGUUUGAGCCCAGCUAUCCAAGUAGCGAGGCUUUCAAGAAGGAAUUUGAGGAAUUGGAAUCGGGAACAUAUCUGCCUAGGGCUCCACCUGCAGGAGCUUCCAACUAGAUCUUUCCCCUCUUACAUUUCUAGACUACCAAAUGUAUUUUGAGGCUGUAUCUAAGGGAGAGCUUGAGAGA